GCAAUGCUGCUGUUGUGUGUGACCUGGCUUGGCCUCGUGUCCCUGGGUUGGGACCAGGGCUGUUCAGCCGUCAGCACUACCAGAGCCCAGGGAGGCCUCAGGGGACACAUGCAGAGGGACCGCAGGAACAUCAGACCCAACAUCAUCCUCAUCAUGACCGACGAUCAGGACACAGAGCUGGGUUCUCUCCAGGUGAUGAAUAAGACUCGUAAGAUAAUGGAGAAUGGAGGCACCUCAUUCAUCAACGCCUUUGUGACCACGCCUAUGUGCUGUCCGUCUCGCUCGUCCAUGCUGACAGGGAAGUAUGUUCACAAUCACAACACGUACACCAACAACGAGAACUGUUCUUCGCCGUCCUGGCAGGCCCAGCAUGAACCACGCUCCUUCGCUGUCUACCUCAACAACACGGGAUACAGGACAGCGUUCUUUGGGAAGUAUCUGAACGAGUACAACGGUAGCUACGUCCCUCCCGGGUGGCGUGAAUGGGUGGGGCUCAUCAAAAACUCUCGCUUUUAUAAUUACACCGUCUGUCGGAACGGUUACAAGGAGAAACACGGCGUGGAGUAUUCCAAGGACUAUUUCACGGACCUGAUCACCAACGACAGUAUCAACUUCUUCCGUUUGUCCAAGAAGGUGUACCCUCACCGGCCAGUGAUGAUGGUCCUCACCCACGCUGCCCCCCACGGGCCGGAGGACUCAGCCCCACAAUACGCAGAGAUGUUCCCUAAUGCCUCCCAACACAUCACCCCCAGUUAUAACUACGCCCCCAACAUGGAUAAACACUGGAUCAUGCAGUACACCGGUCCCAUGAGACCCAUCCACAUGGAGUUCACUAACUUCCUGCACAGGAAGAGACUGCAAACACUCAUGUCAGUGGACGACUCUGUACAGAAGGUAUAUGAGAUGUUGGUAGAGAGUGGGGAACUGGACAACACCUACAUAAUCUACACGGCUGACCACGGCUACCACAUUGGCCAGUUUGGGCUGGUCAAGGGGAAGUCCAUGCCCUACGACUUUGACAUCAGAGUGCCCUUCUUUCUCCGCGGGCCCAACGUCGAACCUGGAGCUGUUGUCCCUCAGCUGGUGUUGAACAUUGAUCUGGCCCCCACCAUACUGCACAUGGCUGGGCUGGACACGCCUCCAGACAUGGACGGGAAGUCCAUCCUCAAACUACUGGACCAGGAGAAGACUGGAAACAGAUUCAAACGCAAUCGGAAACCCAAAGUCUGGAGAGAUACAUUCCUGGUGGAGAGAGGUAAACUCCUGAGGAAGAGGGAGGACAGAGGUGGCAGUUCAACCACCCAGAACACCAACAGCCUGCCCAAACACAAGAAGGUCAAAGAGGUGUGUCAACAGGCAGAGUUCCAGACACCUUGUGAACAGCCUGGACAGAAGUGGCACUGUGUGGAGGAGAUCACUGGGAAGUGGCGGAUCCAGAAGUGUAAAGGAGGUGGACUGAAGGAGGGCCCUAGGAAGAGGGCCCCCAGCCUGAGGCCUCACGGCAGCUACAACAGUAGGGAGAGGGAACCCUGCGACUGUGGUCUUGACCGACCGGGACGCUCACACCGCCAGUUCACACCCUCCUCUGGAGAACCAGGCUACAGGCCUCGUUUCGUCCAUACUCGACCCACCAGAUCUCUGUCCGUGGAGUUCGAAGGGCAGAUCUAUGACGUUGACCUCGCGGAAGAUGACCAGUCAGCCGUGCAGAGACGUGUCAUCAAAAAGCGUCACUAUGAGCAGGAGGACCCCGAGUUUGCCUUGGAGUCAGACGACAGGUCAGAGGAGAUGCUAGCGGAUGAUACCAACGCCGUGGGGUACCCGAACUCUGUCAAGGUCACACACAAGUGUUACUUCCUGAUGAAUGACACGGUCCACUGUGAGAGAGAGAUCUACUCUUCCUCUAGAGCCUGGAAGGACCAUAAGAGCUAUGUGGACCAGGAAAUCGAGGCCCUUCAGGACAAGAUAAAGAACCUUCGGGAGGUCAGAGGUCAUCUGAAGAGGAGGCGACCUGAUGAGUGUGACUGUGGAAAGAAGAGGGAGGCGGCCCAAGAAGUGGAUGGGAAGACGCAGCUGUUUAACGAGAUCAGGCGGAAGAAAAAGGAGAGGAAAGAGAGAAAGAGGCUGAAAAAUGGGGAUGACUGUAGUCUACCUGGCCUCACCUGUUUCACUCACAACAACGACCACUGGCAGACUGCCCCCUUCUGGAACCUGGGAGCAUUCUGUGCCUGCACCAGUUCCAACAACAACACCUACUGGUGCGUGAGGACCAUCAACGAGACACACAACACCCUGUUCUGUGAGUUCGCUACGGGCUUCCUCGAGUACUUUGACCUCAACCACGACCCCUAUCAGUUGACCAACGUGGUGUAUUCCGUGGACAGAGAGGUGUUGAACACCCUCCAUUCCCAGCUGAUGGAGAUGAGGAGCUGCCAGGGACACAAGCAGUGUAACCCCCGACCCAAAGGGCUGGACACAACAGGAGGUAAAGAUGGAGACAGCUACGAAGCACACAGCACUCAGCCAGUCUGGGACGGACGAGCGGGUUAAGCUGCCCAACCUGACGGAGGAGGAGGUGACUACAGCCCAGGACGACUGGCACAUCUUCCAGAAGGACGUUGAUAAUGUUUCUGCUACACCUUUUAGACCAACCGGAGAAAAACCACGACGACGACCAAAACCCCAAAAAGCUUUAAGGAUGACACCGUCGUCUGUGCAGAGGGGGAACGUGGGGCUGGAGGAGGGGGCCCGUGGGGCUAGAGGAGGGGGCCCGUGGGGCUGGAGGAGGGCAGCGGAGGAAAAGGAGAGGAGACCCCCAGCCAGGCCUGGUCACUCUGAACUGGGCCACCACGGGACUCCCAGAGACCCCCCUCACCACUCCUCUUGCCCCAAGCACCCCCCCCAUCACCACCUCCUCCCCCAUCACCACCUCCUCAGUACCACCCACACAGCACGCGACUCAAAGGUUAGAGGUCAACUACAAUCUAUGAAUGAGCCCCCGGAUGAGACCGACCCAUUUGACAGACCUCAGGUGGUGUCUGCGAUGACAUUAUCAUCUCUGUGACAUCAUCGUCAGCAGAUCAGAGGGGGAGGGGCCUGAGGUGGUUGCCCGUGAGUGGCCCAUCAGCUGGAGGAGGGGCUAGGCAGCGAGGGGGCGGGGCUGGUCUUCAGUGGCAACAGGAACAACGGGCUGACGGAGAAGGAGGUGUGACACAAUGACCUGGAGAGGGGGACGGAGCUGGGAGGAAGCCUCAUCCAGGGACUGGAGCUGGGAGGAAGCCUCAUCGGGGACCCGAGCUGGGAGGAAGAGGCCCAAGGCUACCUCCCCCUCUCCCCACAGACAAUGAAGCCCACAAUACAGGCCUCCAACACUAUCACUGGGAGCCCCCAAGGGGACUGGGUUGGUAGUGGGCCAACAGUAACAGGUAGAGAUGCAGUAGACUCCCUUGGGCCAAUCCCCUCAGCCCUCCUCCAACCACACCCAGUGAGACACAUACAGACAAAUUAAAGGUGCUGACCUGCCAUUGGGCAGCCUGGUCACCAUAGAGACACAGAAACUGGGGGAGAUGGAGAGCCAAGAUGGCUGACGAUGAUUUCAGCACCAGUCAGUUAGAGCUGUAUUAUUAAUGAGUAUUAAAGUUAUUCUUGUUUUUGUUUUUUCACAGGUGCUUUCAUUCAUUAUUAUUGGAAAAACUACAGUGUUCUGUUUUUUCAAAAUAUAUAUUUUGUAAAAAAAAUGUAAAUCCUUAACACAGCAGAAAUGAUUGAAAUGUGGGGAAUUCAACUUUUAAUUGAUUUUAAUUCAGAUCCAAGUCCAAAAUAACACAGUUGACCAUUUUAAUAAUAUAUAUAUAUAUAUAUUAAAGGUUAUAAGAAUGGUGAAACCAUUUCCUGGUCUGAAGGUUAUAGUUGUCUUUUGGCGUUAGCUAACACCUUGGUGUGCUUCAAUGGAGUUGGCUAAUGCUAACACCUUGGUGUGCUUCAAUGGAGUUGGCUAAUGCUAACACCUUGGUGUGCUACAAUGGAGUUGGCUAAUGCUAACACCUUGGUGUGCUACAAUGGAGUUGGCUAAUGCUAACACCUUGGUGUGCUACAAUGAAGUUGGCUAAUGCUAACACCUUGGUGUGCUACAAUGGAGUUGGCUAAUGCUAACACCUUGGUGUGCUACAAUGGAGUUGGCUAAUGCUAACACCUUGGUGUGCUACAAUGAAGUUGGCUAAUGCUAACACCUUGGUGUGCUACAAUGGAGUUGGCUAAUGCUAACACCUUGGUGUGCUACAAGGGAGUUGGCUAAUGCUAACACCUUGGUGUGCUACAAUGAAGUUGGCUAAUGCUAACACCUUGGUGUGCUACAAUGGAGUUGGCUAAUGCUAACACCUUGGUGUGCUACAAGGGAGUUGGCUAAUGCUAACACCUUGGUGUGCUACAAUGAAGUUGGCUAAUGCUAACACCUUGGUGUGCUACAAGGGAGUUGGCUAAUG